AUGUAUGAUUUUCAUGAUACUGACCCUAAUACUGUUUGGAAUAAAAUUGAAUGGAAAAACUUUUUUGUUAGUUGGCAAAAACAAGAAAGCAAUAUUAUCAAAUUAACAACAAAACUAAAAGAAAUAUAUUUACCAGAUUAUGCUAUUAUAGAUCGUGA